AUGAAAGAGCCUGUAGAAUAUUUGGUCGUAGUGUUCGCAGCCCUCGUAGCCCUAGCCCAGUGCUCAGUGGUGCCAGUGGCGCGAGCAGACGCCGACUACACGAGCUUCGCGUACGACGUGGCGGACCCCAACACCGGCGACUUCAAGAGCCAGGUGGAGACGCGCGUGGGUGGCGUGGUGCAGGGCCAGUACUCGCUGCUGGACGCCGACGGCACCAAGCGCACCGUCGACUACGCCGCUGACGACCUCAAUGGGUUCAACGCCGUCGUGCGCAAGGACCCCGCUGUCGUAGCCGCCGCACCUGUCGCUGUAGCCGCUGCCCCCGCGGUUGUCGCUGCCCGCGCAGUCGCUGCUCCCGCUGUCUACGCGUCUGCUCCCUCUGUCUACGCUGCCGCUCCCUCUGUCUACGCUGCCGCUCCUUCUGUCUACGCGGCCGCUCCUUCUGUCUACGCCAGCGCUCCCGCUGUCUACGCCGCCUCUCCUUCUGUCUACGCCGCCGCUCCUUCUGUCUAUGCCGCGCGCGCUUAUGCUCCCUCUCUGUACUCCGCCUGGUAAACACGACGUGUUGGAAGCUCUCUGAGUGAUGUUCAUUGUGUUUUUGUAAAUAUGUAUUUAUAAAUAUAAAGUGAAACUACCA